AUGGUCUUGUCUCUCAACGAUCUUCCUGAAGAGAUACUGCAUAGUAUUCUGUUGUUUUGUCGACCUUCCGACACCUGUGCUUUGGAACGCACCGCUCGUCGAUUUCGAGGCGCUACCAACGAGCAACUACUAUGGAGGAUCUACUGUCAGACACAUUUCAGAUUUUGGGCCCGGUGGCAUGAUAUGCCGACCAAGCUGUCGAGUCCUGUAUUUACCGUGGAUUGGAAAGCACUAUACAGAUCCAGACACCUCGUCGACGUUGCCACCACUCGCCUUUUGGAUAGUAUCCUUAUCAGCCAGACUGGGAGGAUAGAGAAGUUUAGAUCGGUUAUCAACUUCGGAUAUGAUGCCAAAGACAGCCUCUUGCGCAGUCUCUCCAUCAGUUCGGAAGCAGAAGAUCACCUAGCUAGGAGGUAUUACGCAAAGGCACUUUUGACCUGCCUUCAUCGAAGUAUCGCUAUUCCAGAAUGGGCCAGCCUAAGGAAUGGUGGUGAAAUACCGCUUGCGAAUGCGCUCGGUGCUUUUGACCUUUUCAUACCUGAAAGUAGGUAUGGGAAUUUUGACGAGAUAAAUGGUAGCUUGGAUGAAAUUCUCUCCCGCCUUUGUACGGAGUAUCCGGACAUACAAGAUUUGAGCAGUCGUGAGCAGGCGAGCAUCAUUGCCUCAUUUCUGAGAACUCAUAAUCUAAUUGGCAUCGAGCCCGAGCGUGAGUAUCACUGCUUGGAGCAUAACUUUCUGGGGCUUGCCUUGGAUGAUCCUGGGCAUAACUCACUGCCUUUGGUGUCGGCAGUAAUCUACUGCCAUAUCGCACAGAGGUUAGGGUUAAAUGCCCGCCCCUGUGGGUUUCCUUUCCAUGUUCAUGUCAUAGUCAUACCACGGCCAGGUCUCGACAUUGACGGUAAUGCGCUCCACCAUGGUAGCACAGGUGAACCCAUCUACAUGGACCCCUUUCGUUCCGACCAAGAGACGCCUGUAGCGGACUUGAAAGCGCAGUUGAGUUUCUUAGGGGCAUCCGCAGUCGAACAGUCUGCAUUUCUCGGAGAAUCGAGGGCAUCGGAAAUUGUCUCACGGUGCAGUAAAAACGUCCUGAAUUCGUUGCAGCGCAUUACUCAUUUUGCUGGUGCACAUUUGGUACCGGUUGAUCCUGGUUGCGCAAGAUAUGCUGCUCUUUGGUCAUCUCUAAUGUUUUCAAACCCCCUCCGACCAGCGGAGCUAGAGCAUCAUCUAUUCUUGCUGUUGGAGCUUCUCGCCACUGAUUUCUCCUCGGACAUUCACCUUGUCGAGCAAUACAUUGUCCCCAUCUUCCGGGGCACCAUGGAGUUUGAGCAUCUCAUGGAAAGCCUUCAUGUCAUACGAACAGUCGACGAAAUACCAAAGCAGGUGAAAAGACGCACAGCACAGCUUAAAGGUGUUAGCUAUCAUGUUGGGCAGGUGUUUAGGCAUCGCCGCUACAAUUAUGUGGCCAUAAUUACGGGGUGGGAUACUGAGUGUGGGGCCGGCGAGCAAUGGAUGAGAAGGAUGGGCGUCGAUCGUCUUCAAAGUGGGAGACAUCAAAGUUUUUACCAUGUUAUUGUCGAAGACAAAAGCGUCCGAUAUGUGGCGGAGGAAAACGUGCAGAUUAUAACACCAGAUAUCUCACAAUUACCGCCGAAUCUUGUCGCAGUGGCAGGGAAAUACUUCAAGCGAUGGGAUAGCGUUUCACGGCGAUUUGUGAGUAAUAUUGAAGAUGAGUAUCCAGAUAAUUAG